AAAAAGUCUCAUUUUGCUGCAUUAUUGGCAAAAGCAAGCUCAUAAAUAAAGUUACCUCAGUGUAAAUCGUCGAACCAGUAUAUUCAGUGCAAUCGGUUGCUUCCGUUUAGUUUGCUCAGUAACGAAGAAUAUCAUUGCGAGUGGACGCUUUUGCACUUUAUCCGUGCUUUGAGUUUACACUAAAACUUUGCUUGUUAGUGUAUUUCGCAAUAGUAAAUAAAUGUGAAAAAUACGCUAAAAUUUGGAUAGUCGUCUUGACAUAUAACUUAAUUAGUAAAAUAUGACUCUGUUAAUGUCAAGUAUCUUUCGUAGAUUAGCAGCUUUUAAUAAAAUGUUUCAUUGCAGUAGUUAGUGGCUGUAGAAAUUUAAAACAAAACGUAUUUAAACUAAAGCAUGAGAUUUUAAUUGUUUUGUGUAAAGAGAUUUACCAGUGAUUUCGUUUUGUUUUACAUUUAUCUGAAUGAAGAAAAUGAAUGAAAAAAAAUAAAAGUUGUUGUUAAAAGAUAACUAGUGCUGAUAUCAAAUGGAUUCAACUGAAAACAAAGAACUAUCGACAUCUGAGGAAGAUGAUAAAAAGUUUGCAAGUGAAGCUGUAAAAUUUGUAAUUGGUCAUACUCGAAAUGGGUUUGUUUCAUUGUGUGCAAGUGUUGCAACAUUACUGAAAGAAAAAGCUAAUUUGGAAAAGGAAAAUGAAAGUUUAAAAGGUCAAAUUGAAAGUCACAAAAAAUCACUAAAUCCACCUUUUGAGUUAAAUUCAUUAAAUCAAGUAGAAAAUUGUUUGAGCUAUUAUGGAACUUCAAAAUUUGUUAGAGAUGUGGAUCAGAUAAAAUCGUUUAAGUUUAGGAGAAAAGAUGUUUGUCAAGUGUAUAGGUCUGUAAGAUAUUGUUUAUGCAAGGUAUGUGCCAAAGAGUUAAUGCAAGACAAAAUAUCUCCUCCUUUAAAAAAUGGUGAUAGAAUUGUGGUUGCUGGCGAAAUAUGUGGAUCCGUAGUAUAUUUUGGUCACAUUGAUGAAUUGAAUUUUCCUGAAAUAUUUGUUGGACUGCAUUUAGAUGAAGCAGUGGGUGAUUGUAAUGGAACUAUUAACAGAAAAACCUAUUUUGAAGUGCCAUCAGCAUAUGGUCUAUUGGUGCCUCUCUUCAAUGUAUGUUGUAUUAUGAAUUGAAUACUUUGUAAUGUAUUAUUUUGUUGAAUGAAAGUCUGUUUUUAAACGUAAAGUUUGGAUUGUUUGUAAUGUAAAUUGUAUUCAGUGGCAUACAAAAGUUUUAGCUCAGUAUAUUUGAUUACAACAAAAUAAAAUAAAAAUUAUUUGUCUUUGAAAACAAUUUGAUAUUUUCAAUACAGGAUACUAUUAAUAUCUUUUUAAAGUUUCAUGUAUUAAUAAUCAGAAGCUGAAAGAAGUUAUAUAAAAUAUACUGGCCGUAAACUUUUCAUGUUGCUGUAUAUGCAAUAAAUUGCGGUUGUAUAUUGUAUUACUGUUAACUUUUUUACUUAGUGGUGAAAAUGAGUUAAACCUCUUGAAGGAUAAGCAAGGUGUUAGCGUUAAACUACUAAAAAAAUUAAACAUUUGUGAGAAGUGAA